AUGGCUAUGGGUGUUGAUACACCAACCAAUUCAAAUGAAGAGUGGAGAUCACAAAUACAGACCUAUGAACGUGAGAAUAUGAUCACAAACAUUACAACCAAUCAUCAUCAUCAACUGUUGAAUGAGUUGUUAUUGACCGUUGUUAUCUUCUCUAUCUCUAUCUCUAGAGCUACAUUAUGUCAGAAACAGUAUCCUAGUAAAACACCUGAUGAACUUCGUUCGAUUGCUAGUAAUCUUGAACAAAAAGUAUUCAAUAAUCCUGCUCAUGAUACUAAACAAAAAUACAUUAACCAAAUUGCAACCAUCAUCUUCAAAUUGCAAAGUGCAGGAGGUGGUGCCACAACACCUCAACAAACUCUACCAUCCCCAAUACAAACAACUCCUAUUCAAGUACAGAACAAUAAUAAUCAAAUGUUACAACAACAACAACAACAACAACAACAACUACAACAGCAACAAUUACAACAACAACAAUUACAGCAACAACAAUUACAACAGCAACAAUUACAAUUACAACAACAGCAACAAUUACAACAACAACAACAAGGAGGAGGAAUGAACCCUAACCAACAAAUUGCAAGACCACAGCAGCAACAACAACCUACUCAACAACAACAACCAGUUGUUAAUAAUCCUCAACCAAAUGGUGGUGUACCAAGAUCAAAUUACUCUACCAAUGCACCACCACCUCAACCUUUUGGUGUUGGAGGUAAUCCUCAGACCAACACCAACAAUGUCCCAACCAACAAUAAUAACAUGCAACCUCAACAAACACCAACAAUUGGGUCGUUGUAUGGAUAUACAACAGGAAAUCCACAUACUGAUGCUCUUUUUGCUCAAUUGGUGGUACCAAAAUUUGAGCAACAUAGAACGGCAGAAAAGAAUGAAGAGAUUAGAGCAGAAAUAAGUCUGUUGGGACCAAAGUUUGGAGGACAAGACCGAUUAUAUCAACAUAUUACUGGUUGGGGUCAGGCAAAGCAAAGACUCCAACAAUUGUAUCAACAAAGAAUGGCUGCUGCCGCUGCUGCCGCUGCAGGAGGAGGAGGAGGAGGAGGAGGAGGAGGAGCAGCAGGAGGGGGUACCGCAUCUACAACUGCUAGUGGAGUUGGUCAACCACAAAUCCCUACUUCCAAACCAAUGGCAGUCAAUUCUCCCGUUACAUCCCAAAUAAUGGGUCCAAAUAAUACUAAUACAAUUACUACACCUGUCAACAACAACAACAAUAUGCAAUCACCCGUAGUUAUUAAUAAUACAACUACUCCAACUCAACCCAAUAAUAUGAUCCAACAACCUCAACAACCUCAACAACAACAACCUCAACCUCAACAACCACUUCAACAACAAAAUAAUCAAACCUCAACCAUUACAUCAAUACCAGCAUCAAGUAUUGGUCAAAUGGCACAAAAUCCAGCAUUAUAUAAAAUGUUUUGGGACAAGAUUAAAACAUUAAGAAACUAUGUUCCAGCCAUUGAAAAUAUGAUCAAAACAUCACCAAAUCAAGAACAAAAUCAACGUGUUGCUAGUGCCAAAAAGAGAAUUCAAGAGUAUAUUGCUUUUGUAAGACAAUCAGAUUACUCCAUCCUCAUCACCCAAGCAAAAAUGGAAGAACUUUUAACAAUUGAAAAACAAUUUUCAACCAUAUUCUCUGGAAAUGAUGAAGAUCAAUUAAAGAAAAUACUUGAAUAUAUUUCAAAAUUACAUGAAGAAUCAUUAUUAUCAUGUGAAAAAGAUAUGUUGAUGGUAUUUGAAAAAUCAAGAAAAGUGGUACCACAAUCAAUUAUGGAUAGAGCAGGUGGAGUAACCAAUCGAUCAUCAAUGUUGUGGUUCAAGAAUCCAACCAUUUUCAAUACAUUUUCAAAAUCAAAACCAAGUACUGAGAUUGUAGCUGAAAAGAAACAUGCCAUUUCAAAAGAUGUCAAUAGCGACUAUGUAAAUUUAAAGAAACAAAAAUUAUCAAAACAAAUCAAAUCAUUGGAUAUUCAAAAUCAACAACCUCCUCUUAAUAAUCAAAUCAAUACUGAAGAAUUAAAAAAACAAUUUAUUUUAUUGGCAAAGAUUGAUGAUUCAUUAUCAAAUAUUCAAGAGGUUGAUAAUAAUACCAUUGUCAUUUCAGAAAUCACAGAUAGUAGUAAAAAGAAUUUAUAUAUACAUUUUCAAAAUUCAAUUUCUAAUAUUUGGAAUGGCAAUGACAAUGGUGAUGAUCAACAAGAAGAAGAAGAAUCCAACAAACCAUUAUUUAUUAAACAAACACCAUAUAUACAAAUUUCAACCGAUGGAGAUAUAGUACAAAUUCAACCAUUAUGUAACUUUGAUUUAUGGUACAAUGCAAAAAGUGUCAUUUCUUCAUUCAAGCAAUCAAUCUUUCGUUUUGAUUGUAUAAAGAGUGAAUUGGAAAAGGCAAAGACAUUUAAACAACUCAAUGUCUCUAACAAACUAGAUGAAAAGUCAAUGAAAUUAUUGAUCACUGUAACUCAUCAACUUCCAUCUUUAUCCUUAAUCAUUGAAGUUCCAGAUAAAUAUCCUUUAGAAUCAAUUAAUUUUAAUUAUCCUCCAGAAUAUGAUUUAUCACCAUCAAUUAAACAAUUAUUUAAUAAUGUUAGAAAUGAAUUUAACAAAUUAUUGUUGACACAAAAUACCAGUAUUCCAAUAACAAAUAAUGGUAAUAAUAAUUCACCAACAACUACUCCACAAUUGGGACCACAACAACAACAAACGCAACCACAAAUGAACAUAAAUAAUAACAAUUCAAGUACUAUUAAUAGUUUGGGUAGUCAUGGUUAUGGUGAUAAUAUUUACAAUUUAAUCAAAGUUUAUCAAAAUAUCCAAGAAUAA